AUGAGAAACCCUAUCUUGGAAAAGGAAGGCAGUUUUAUCAAGACCUUCUGGGAAAAUGCCUUUGGGUGUUCCUUCCGCACCUCUGUAAUACAAAAGGCAAAUGGGGCCACUUGUACUGGAAAGGAGAAACUGGAGGUCCUUCCUACAUCUGUGUUUGAUAUGGAAAUGAGUGGCCACAGCUACAGUGUCUACAAUGCUAUCAAUGUGGUGGCACAUGCUUUGCAUGACUUCUAUUCCUCUAUAAUGAAAUACAGAGCAUUUGGGAAAAUCAAGGGGAAACUUUUGAAUCAACAUUUAUGGAAGCUUAACUACAUUAUCCGAAGGAUUGCAUUUAAUAAUAGUGCUGGGCAACAAAUUGGGUUCAAUGAAAAUGGAGAAUUAGAGACUGGAUUUGAUAUUAUCAAUUGGAUCACAUUUUCAUAUUUGUCUUUUAAGAAAGUCCAAGUUGGAAGCAUAGACCUCAAGGACUCCAAUGAAAAAAUGGUCACCAUUUAUGAAGAUGAUAUUGUGUGGCCAAGCAGAUUUAAGCAGACCCAGCCACUUUCUCUGUGUAAUGGGAAGUGUGAUUCAGGCUACAGUAAGAUCAAAAUCGAAGGGAAACUAUUUUGCUGCUAUGACUGUCUUCGAUGUGCAGAAGGGAAGAUUUCUAACAGGGAGGACAUGGAUGAAUGUUUUCAAUGCCCAGAGGAUCACUAUCCCAAUGAGAAGAAGGUUUUGUGUCUCCCCAAAAUUGCAACAUUCUUGAACUACAAAGAAACCUUGGGAACAGUUAUGGCCAGUUCUUCUCUUUUCUUCUCUUUAAUCACAGUUGGAGUCCUUUGGGUCUUUAUUAAGCAUCAGGACACUCCCAUUGUCAGAGCUAACAACCGAAACCUCACAUAUGCCCUCCUUAUUGCUCUCCUGUUAUCAUUCCUUUGUACUUUGCUAUUCAUUGGGAAGCCUCAAAAGGUGACAUGUCUCUUUCGUCAAACUGCCUUUGGCAUCAUCUUCUCAGUGGCCAUUUCUUGUGUUUUGGCCAAAACCAUCAUUGUGGUUCUAGCUUUCAUGGCUACCAAGCCAGGGUCCAAGAUGACCAAGCGGGUGGGGACAAGACUUGGCAUGUUUAUAGUAUCCUGCUGUUCCUUUAUUCAAAUUAAAAUUUGUGUUAUAUGGCUGAUCAUCUCUCCCCCAUUCCCAGAUGCUGACAUGAAGUCAAUAGCAGAAGAAGUCAUUCUCGAGUGCAACAAAGGAUCUGCCUUCAUGUUCUAUGGUGUCUUGGGUUAUAUGGGCUUCCUUGCCGUUGUCAGUUUCACACUGGCCUUCCUAGCAAGGAAAUUGCCUGAUGCUUUCAAUGAAGCCAAGUUUAUCACCUUCAGCAUGUUGGUCUUCUGCAGUGUUUGGUUGUCCUUUGUUCCAGCAUAUCUGAGUUCGAAAGGAAAAUAUAUGGUUGCUGUGGAGAUCUUCUCCAUUAUAGCUUCCAGUGCUGGAUUACUGCUUUGUAUCUUUUCUCCCAAGCUGUACAUCAUUGUGCUGAGGCCUGAUCUAAAAAAAAAGAGCAGCUCAAAAGAGAAAAGGACAGAAUAG